CUAGCAUCUGUGUAGGCAGCACAAACGCGGACACCUUCGCUGGCAUCUGCGCCUGCGUAGGCACUUCCGCAUUUUCACGUAAUCAAAAUUCGCGGGUGGCAGGACUGCCAGGACAUCUAUAGGGUCUGCGAUGGCUGACGGAGCGCACCACGAGAAGAUAGAAUUGAUCACUCGGAAUAUAAGAACUUUUCCAGACUUUCCCGUGAAAGGAAUAAAUUUCAAAGAUGUGUGUCCAAUACUGAAAGAGCCCUCUGCCCUCUCAGCUGUGGUCGAUCUGUUUGAAGAACAAACAAAGCAAAGUUUUCCUCAAGUUGACAUCAUAGCGGGCAUAGAAGCCAGAGGAUUUCUUUUUGGACCUCUCUUAGCCCAAAGGUUGGGAGUAGGCUUUGUGCCGGUCCGUAAGAAAGGGAAACUCCCUGGUCCUACAGUGUCUUUGUCUUAUGCCCUUGAAUACGGAGUGGAUGUCUUGGAGAUCCAGGAAGAUGCAGUGACAGCAGGACAGAAGGUUGUGCUCAUUGAUGACUUGCUGGCAACAGGGGGGACUAUGCAUGCUUCCUGCAAGCUGCUGGAGAAGCAUCAGGCAGAGGUGCUGGGCUGCUUCGUGGUAAUCAAGUUCAAGGAUCUGAAGGGGGAGGAAAAGCUUCACGACUACAGAGUAUUCUCCCUGCUGCAGUGUUGAGGCCCCUCCCCCAGAGAGUCCUCCUUCCUCUACGCAAACUACAUCGAGUGAUCCCUUAGCCAAUCACCUGCCCUGGGUGGAAAUUUCAACUUGACAUUCCAAAGAUUAUUUGCAAAUGUUGUGAUUCUUCUGGAAAUUUUUUUGGCAAAGUGUGUGACAGUACAAUAGAUUCAGUGAGCCUCAGUCCUAGAAACAGAUUUCCUCUUAAGUCGCUCGUAUGAGUGAUUUAAGAGAAGUUUCACUGCUAAUUUGGUAUUUUGAAUGCUCCCUACUCUGUUGGGCCCUUAACCUGCAAUUGCUUCAUCCUGCUUACGACUUUAUCAUCUAAAUCCAGCCCUCUAAGGAGGUCCUCCAGUUUACAGGGAGUAACUCACACUGGUCCAUUCAGACUGGUGUGGUGCUGAGGGAUCACCUGCCACAUGGCUGCACUCAGGUUCUCACCCCUGAGGUGGUAGUGCGGCAAUGAACAGUGCAAUCAGUGUGUGCUCCUUACCUUCUCUUGGGCAUGAACACAAUUUACGAGUGGUCCAGACAGGUCGUGGUCUUCUGUUAUCCAAAUCCAGGUUUCUCACCACUACAUUAUAUAUUUCACUCCUUGAAAGUGAUUUUGACUUUUUAAAUGCUUAUGUAGUUUGAUCUAUGGCAGAGGCCAGUAUUGCACACAAGCCCAGCAGAAUUUAAGAUCAGAAUAUGAAAAUGUUCUUGCAUGAGGCCUAAUGUCCUCCGUACUCAAUUAUGAAGUGUAAAAUGACAGAGGGUUAUACGAUGACAAUGUGCAAAUAAUGGAAAUGAAUAAAAUCUUAAUGGUCAAAUUUA